AGAAGAAGAUGAAGACUACUUCAAUCAGGCAACUUCACUUCUCAGCCAUAAAAAUUGACUUUAGAUAGAAGAAUAUCGUAAACAUGGCUGACGAAAAGCAACAGAACUUUGUUGAAGAUCUUGUGGAUAAUGCAUGGUCUAUAAGAAUACCUGCUUUUAAACCUGAAGACAAUAUCCAGGGUUUGAUUGAAGAGAGCUGUUUCGCGACCGUAUUCCCCAAAUAUCGUGAAAAAUAUUUAAAAGAAGUUUGGCCUUUGGUUCGGCAAUGCUUGGCGGAAUAUUGUCUCAAAGCCGAGCUGAAUCUAAUAGAGGGCAGUAUGACUGUAAAAACUACACGCAAGACUUGGGAUCCUUAUAUCAUUAUUAAAGCUCGUGAUAUGAUUAAGUUGAUGGCUCGCAGUGUGCCGUUUGAACAGUCAAAGAGAGUGUUACAAGACGAAAUUGGUUGCGAUAUUAUCAAAAUUGGCAGUUUGGUACGAAAGAAAGAGAAAUUCAUUAAAAGGCGACAGCGUCUAAUAGGACCUAAUGGAGCAACAUUGAAAUCCGUUGAACUACUGACUGAUUGCUACGUUUUGGUACAAGGUAACACCGUGGCAGCUUUAGGCCCUUAUAAGGGGCUACAACACGUGCGUGAUAUUGUAUUAGAUACUAUGAACAAUGUGCAUCCAAUUUAUAACGUGAAAGCAUUGAUGAUUAAACGUGAGCUUAUGAAGGACACCCAACUGGCUCAUGAAGACUGGUCCCGGUUUUUGCCGAAAUUCAAAAACAAAAACGUCAGCAAACGCCAGCAGCCGAAGUUAAAGAAAUGCAAAAAUGAUUACUCACCUUUCCCACCACAGCAACUUGAAAGUAAAAUCGAUAAGAAAUUAGCUUCUGGCGAAUAUUUUCUUAAUAAGGAACAAGAAUAUCAGCGUAAGCAGCAUGAACGCAUGGCCAAACAAGCAGAAACAGUUCAGAAGCAGAAGGAAAAAAGACAGGCAGGUUUCAUACCGCCUGCAGAGGAAAACUUUAGUUUAGUCAGAACUUAUGCAGAUACCGAUGAGAGGAAACUGAAUAUAAAGGCUUUCAAGAGCAAGGUGGCCAAAUCUAUUCUAAAUCUAAACACUUAACUGUUACAAUUAUAAUAAAAAAAACUGUUAAACAUUAUUCGCCUUUGAAGCUGAUCUUUAAUGCCUGCGAGCAAAUAUUUAGAAAAGGUAUAUGCUAUAGCGAAUCGGCAGCAAUAUUUUCAAGCCAUCAGUGGAUUUUUUAACCCGUUGGGUAAUGUGGGUUUACGGCCAGACGUUGUUGAUGUACUAAACGAGGGAAUAUGCGUGAAAUUUCAACGUUCUCUAUUAAUUUCCAUUUUAAUUCAAUUAACAACUAGCAAAAAAAAAGCAAGUAUAUCAAGUAUAGCGUAUUGGACGGACAGAAUCAUUCCGAAUCAAUAAAUAAACCUUAUACAUA